AUGGAGCACUGGCAUACCAGCACGUCUGGACCAUACCAGCGAGAGCCUACUGACCUGUCACUGGCCUCAAGGGUCUUGACCUCAUCGUCAGGUAACAUUCAAGCAUACAAUCCGGAUUCUAAGGAUGGUAUCGAGAACCAAGAUCCGCUGGGCCUGCCUCGUGCAGAGCCAUGGAUCAAGUCGGAGGUCCAGUAUCCAAUACCAAAGGUCAAGCUAGGCUCGAACGAUGCUCACGCCGACAAUCUUCAGCAUCUGCACAACCGCCGACAAGGCUAUAGAGACAAGUUCCUGCGAAGACGAAGAGUCGAUGCAGAGAGACCGUACCUACAGCAUCCGAAGUACCUUCAAUACCGAGCUCGCCAACGGUGUGACACUGGUCCCGACGGUCAACUUGUGUGGGACGAUCAAAUCGAGGAAGCCUUUCAGAAUGCGCUCGUCAACAUCCCUCCGAUGGGUCGAAGGAAAAAGUCGCAACGUGGUCGACCUCAUGGACGAAACGAAUUGAUCUCAGAAUGGAUCUACCAAGAAACAGGUGCCUACAGGACCAGGAAACAGGUGUCAAGUCAUAUUCAAGUCCUCAAUACGUUACUAAAAGACAUCCCAGAAUGGGCUGCACUCGUCACUGCAACGGACGACCGAGGUGGCGGAGGUUCCGAAUUCUACAGCAACUCCAUCAAAGAUAUGGUCAGAAACCAAUCGAUGUCCAGUCGCAUGGGAUACUACAAGGGACCUGGCCGGCCGAUGGGCCCGGGCUCUUACUCGAUGCCGGGAAGUGGGCCAUACGUGGACAGGCAUUCAUGCUCGCGUCUGAGCUUCAAGAUGUGGGUUAGCUUGCCGGACCAGAUCAGCCAGGCGCUGCAUCAGUAUACGAGGCUCCAGAGCAACAGCUCAAUAUCAGCGCCGAUUCCCUUGGAAGAUGUGAAGAACUGGAGAGUAUCGUUCCCCAAUCUGCGCUCCAUCACAGAGUCCUGGACAAUGGCGGAGUCGUGCGACAUUCUUCUGCUCGAUGCCAGCUUUCAGCUGAUGAACGACUUUCCCCCGAAAUUCUCGAAACUCGGCAUCAGCCUGGAACUCGACUUUAUGCAUCCCUCUGGCCACAACAAAGAAGCCUUGCAGAUGAUAGUCCAGUGGAAACGCUUCCCAGGCAACGAACUACCGCCCGGCAAGGUCCGACCCUUCUUUGAGUCAAAAUGGUGGGCAUCAACAUUCACAAACCUCACAGAGAAACGUAAGAGGGCAGAAGAUUCAGAAAACGAUGGCGCAGUUGAGCUUGCGAACGAAGCGUCGCGCAACUUUUUCAAGAACUUGACAGUUAUGCAAGAGAUUUGGGCUGAGCAGCGAGGUAAUGGUAGGAGGCGCAUGGGCAUCUUGCUCUGGAGGUUUUCGCAAGCUUCGCCGCCAUAUGUUGGCACUACUACCUGGCAAAGGCUGAUUCCCGCGUCGGAGAUGGCUUUGAGGCCCGAUCAGGUUGCGGGCGAUAUGGGUCUCCAUGGCCUCGGCAUGGACACAAUAAUGGACGGCGCCCAGAAUCCCGAUCAUAUGUUUUCGCAGCCACAGGGCUUCUUGCCUGUUUCGGACCCUCAAGCAUACGAUAUGUUUGAUACCAAUAUGGAUGAACUGUGUGGGGACAGCUUCAUGUACAGCCAGGAUCAACUGACGGACUUUGGCAAUCUUCAGGGUGAAGGGGCAUCCUUUGCGUUCGACGCCGACCCGGGCGCCAUGCCUGGCGACUUGGGCAUGACCUACGCUCUUCCGAGUCAGGAAGCUCAGCAAAUGCCAGAACAGGCAGCUCCACCUACCAACAAUCUCUUCGAGAUGCCGCAGCUUAAGCGUCAGGAUUCCGAGCGGCAACUUGACAUGAACAACGUCCCUUCGCAAGGGUCGUUCUCUGAUGGUAGCGACAAGAUGCCUGCGCAGCCUUUGGCCAAAUUUGACUUGAACACCCACAAAGUGCUCCAGGCUCAAUUGGCGGGCGAUCAGCAGUAUUACCAGCCCUCGCCACAUCCUAGCCAUCAAUCUCCACACCCAGCUCCUAUGAUCGCUCCUCAGGCUAUGCACCCUCACCAGCCUCAUCCACCACCCACACCGAUCAGUGAGCAUGACGAGACUAUGCGUGCUCUUCUCGCAGCCUCAGCCAUGUCCGACCUUGGCAACACGCCUUCCCAUCCAACUCCUCGACACGCGCCUACGCCAACACCGUCCUCUGCGACAUCGUCUCGGGCUCCUGGUCCUCCUCAGCACUUGCCUUCCUACGGUCACGCUCGAACUCAUCCUCCUCAGCCUCAGCCACUCUACAUUCCUACCACUCAACCACCGUUUUCAUCACAUCCGCAUACCCAUCCUCAACCGCAUCCGCAUCACGGCAUGCAUCAUCCACACACCCAUGCCAUAUCGCCACAUCCGCAAUCAGCGCCGCUGCCCUUCUCAGCCUCAAGUUCUCACUCGCUACCACCACUAUACUCUCAUCACCACCAGCCGCACGUUCAGUCUCAGCAUCCCCAUCCCCAUCAUCAGCAACACCAUCAUCAACCACAGCCCCAUCAAAUUUUACAACACCCACAACCACAACGACCCAUCCUGACGGCGCACCACAGCUUCACUGCUCCGACCGCGACCGACGCACCUUACCACCAGCCUCCAGCUCAACAUCCAUCGCACCCAUCACAUCACCCGUCCCACCAUCAACAGCACCCUAUCUCCAUGCCACACCACGCGCACGCUCACCGACGCGUCCCCUCAAAGAACGGCUUCGCUGCAGCCUUGGCCAAUUUGGACGCCUACGCUGCCGACAAUGGGGACGGCGACUUCACGCUUCCCACGGGCGCCUUCGACGGUGGUGCAGGUGCGGCUGCGCUCGCGGCGGAGCUGGCGAGACCGCAGAGCCAGCCGGUCGUGGGGAGCAGCGAGAUCGGCACUUACGAUCAGGGUGGGCCUGGGCCGGGGCAGAGUCAGGGAGACGAGUGGAUUGUUGUGCCUCGCGCUCAAGGCCAGGAUGGUGAAGUGGCAGUGCAGAAGGGCAGCUUGCAGCAAGAGGAUGGUGUACAGGAUCGAGAGCGGAGAGCUUCGCUGCAGCAUCAGCAGCAUGCACCGCGUGGAACCCCGCAGAUGGGGUCAAUGGACGGAACAAGGCAGGUGGAGAGGGUUGUUGGUAGCGGGUAUGCAGAAGUUGGCAGUUCGUGA